AUGGCCGAUGGUGGGCAGCCGUUCGGGCAGGUGCAGCGCCUAACCCUGAGCUUCGGCCCCGGUAGGCCCCGCACCGACGACCUCACGGGUAAGUACGCGGCGCGGAUCGCGGACACGUCCCUGUCGGAGAGGGCGAGGGAGGGGGCCGUCCUUUUCCAGGUGGGCGGCGCCCAGCCUGAGCCAAUAGCGUGCAGAAGUUUCCUAAGGCUACCCCCCUGCAUGAUUGGUUCCUUCGGCACAGUCUUGUCCAACUUGCUGGUCGUGCGCGCCGGUAAAGCUGUGUACGCGUGCACGUUCGAGGGCCCUAGCUUCAUCGGCAGAGCUCAAAGCGGCGCUGUUCACCGGUGCGCCGUGCAGGUGGCGGAGGCCCACCUGGAGGAGGAGGAGGCCUCCGCGGCGCUGCACGCCGCGGAGGGUGUGGUGGGGAUCUUCCGCGAGGUGGGCGACCCCGACGGGGCCGCGGACGCCCUGCGCCUGGUCACCAUGGCCCACCACCUCCGCGACCGCCCGGACGAGGCUUCCCGCGUGGCACGCGAGGAGCUGAUCGGUUUCCGGAGCGCGAGCCACCGAAGGGGCGAGGCCGCCAUGCUGUUCUCCCUGGCCGAGGCGGACUUCAGGGACCACGGGCCCGUGGAGUCGGUCGGGCCGGCGGAGGACGCCCGCGGCCUCUUUCACCAGCUCGGGGACCUUAAGAUGGAGGGCAACGUGGCGCUCGCGCUGGCGGAGAUGCACCUGGCGGCCCGCAGCGCUCUCGAGGCGCAGGCCGCGGCCAAGGACGCCCUGGCGGUCUUCACUGAGCUCGCGGACGAGAGGGGGAAGGCCCGAGCCCUGGACAGAUUGGCGCACGCCCACUUCGUGAUCGACCGGGACGAUGCUGGGCUGGAGUCGUUGGAGGAUGGGACUCCCUGGCCCUGCUGCGGGGCCUCGACGACAGCAAGGGCGUUGCCGCGGCGAUCAACGCGCGGGCGGAGACCCGCCUGCUGCGGGGAGACUACCGGCAGGCCAUGCUGGACGCGAUCGAUUCGCUCGGUAUCUCGCAGCGGAUAUCGCUACGCCAGGGGUCACGCCGCCUCGCUCGCGGUCAUCGUCCACGCACACCUCGGCGGCGGCGAGGGCAGGAAGGCGCUGCGGACGGCGACGGAGGGCCUGGAGAGGAUACGGCAGGCUGCGGUGCGCGACAGGCGCUCCGCACGCCGGCCCGGCGGCUACACGCCUACACCACGACGGGCAACCCCGACGCGCAGCCUGAUGUGCCGAGGGAGGCCUUCGCCGCCGCGGAGGAGGCCCUGGAGCUGUGCAGAGAGCUGCGGGACAAGAAGUGGGUGGCAAGCGCCCUGCAAACAGUCGCCCGGUUCCACAUCCUGGCCGACCGCUUCGCCGAGGCGCGCGAGCUCCUCGAGGACGCGCUGGAGGCCUGCAUGGACGCGGGGAACACCUGGGGCCAGGCGCUGGCGCUGUACACGCUGGCGGACGUGCACCUGCACGAGAAGGGCCACAAGGAUUCCGGCGCUGGGGAGCGCGCGCGAAGCGGCCUCGCUGUUCCAGCAGGUUGGGGAGAAGCGCGGGGAGGCUCACGUGAUGAUGGGGAUGGCGGCCCUGCACUGCGCCGCCGGCGAGGUGGAGGAGGCGGUCGUGUCCCUCGAGGAGGCCCGAGCGCUGUACGUGGAGAUGGGUGACAGGCGCGGCGAGGCCGACGCGCUGCUGCACAUGGCCGGCGUGCAGUUGCAGGGCGAGGACUGCGACCAGGAGGGCGCGCUGCGGCACGUCCUGGCCGCGCUUGGUUCGAUGAAGAGUGAGUUGCUCACGGCGAUUGGAGCGGCUAACGCCAGGACCGGCGCCUUGGAGCUUCAGAUCCAGGGACUUCAAGCGCAGCAAGUCUCGUCGGUGCAGGAGAUGCAAACGAUGGUGACCUCCAUGUCGGCCAGCUGGGAGGCGCGCUUCCAGCAGAUCACGGGCUCGGCGAUUGUGGUUGAUGACGGCAAUGGCUGGCAUGACUGCCCCGAGGGUUCGGCAGGACCCAUGCCUGAGAUGUUCACCGACGCGCUUCAGAACAAUGAGAAGGACACGCAUAACCCUCGCAGGAUUUGGAUUGGUGGAUGGCCACGUGAGGUGCUUUCGCAAUAUCGGAAGGAGCACUGGGAGUGGUACAAGACUCAGGUGCCCCAGGACAUGAUUACUAAUACCCAGCCGUCGUUCCAGCGAACGAGCCGUUCGUACUCGGUGGUGUUUGAGACGGAGGAGGCCGCGACUCGGUUCAAGCAGUGGGCCUUCACGACACCAUCGCAAUGGAAUGACUAUCGUGAUCGAGCCAAGACGUUCCCCAUUCGCGUUCGAGGCGACAUUCCCCUUCCCGCUCGGCUGAGGAAGAGUACCCUGUCGUGCUUGUGGGAGCCGAUGAAGGUGAAGCUGACGUCCAAGGGCCUCUGGGACGGCUCGCUGAGGAUGGGCUGCUCCUGCUAUGGCUCUGGUCGUUUUCAGAUUCCGACGGACGCGGACUCGUGGGCCCUGUUCACGUUGAAGACAGAGGAGGGCCAGUUCGUCAUCGCCCCCAACCGUGAAGAGUUGUAUCAGUGGAAAUUCACCGAUGCUGAGAUUGACUUCAUCAUCGACAUUGCUGUUAAGAACAAACCGUACCUGUAG